AAGUUCUUGCGUGACAUCAUUGAGAGCGGCCCGAAUGACAAGAUCUUCGGCGACGUGGCUAACUGGAGGCGCCUCCUUGAGAGGUGCAUCAAAGAUUAUGUCGGCGUCAUUCGAACUCCCGAGAACCCGCUCCCCGAGGAUGCCAGAGAAGCCUACGACGACACGCCAGAAUAUUUGAUUAUCCGGAAGCAGUUGACGGCCUCAUUGGACAUAGCUCGGGCUUGGGUCAAGGCGAACAGAUCGUGGGACGCUUCCUUCAUAUCGCAGUACAAGUCGACCCUGGUGUUCCUCCAGUCAGAUCCUGUCGCGCCCAACCCGCUGCCAUCCUGGAUGAGGCAGCGCUACUUGACGGUCAUGGUCCAGGAGGCCAGCACAGCCAGCAUGAUUUGGCCUCUCCUUGCGCCCGAGGCUUUGGAGUCAAUUGGGUACGUCGGUUGUGAUCGCCAGCGCAAGGUGACUCUGGACAUGGUGAAGAUGAAGGUUUUGCAGCUCACAGGCGACGAUUCCCCAGAUACCUGGAUGGACACGCUGAUGGACUUCAUGGGGACCUUCCCUGGAAACGCUGGUGAUGACCUCGUGAACGAUGCUGCCCUCAUGAAGGCAGGUCUGGGCAUCCUGAAGAGUGGCGUUGCUUCCGACGAGUCGCUCAAGGACGCGCAAGUUCUGCUCAAGAAG